ACGCCACUCUGGCCACGACGCGACGACGACGGAUCGGAUAUGCGAUGGGCCAUGGAUCGCCAUUAAUUAUUAUGCAUAGUACCGUAAUUCGAUAAUGCACUCAGGAUCACAAAAGGUUAGCUUUACGUUACGUUACAGAAGUGGAAUCCGUAGUGAAGUCAGAUGCCGCAAUUGUGAAUCAAGAAUUGAAAUACCACGAAUUUUGUUGGCCUUGGAGUUGAGGAAUCGAUUUGAAUAUGCAUAUGAUCCAGAGCGAAUACACAGGUACUGGGGUUAGAUGUCACCAUGUUCCUAUUGACAUACACCGCAGAACAGAUUUAUGUUGCAUAGAAAUAGGAGAAUGGUUUAACUUCUGAAUGUGCCUGAUGCGGAUGAUGGGACUUUGUAACUUUAUCAGAUUGUGGGCUAUAGCCUGAUGAACAAUCUUUGAACAUCUGUAUCCAGAAAGUGUUACUUCACUUGACCCUUCAUAAACUCCUGGACUAUAGCUUGAUGGAAACUCAUUGAACACCUGUAUCCAGAACUGUUAUUUCACUGGACCUUCAUAAACUCCUGGACUAUAGCUUGGUGAGCAUUCCUUGAACAUCUGUAUCCAGAACUGUUACUUCACUGGACGCUUUGUAAACUCCUAGACUAUAGCUUGGUAAGCAUUCCUUGAACAUCUGUAUCCAGAACUGUUACUUCACUGCACCCUUCAUAAACUGGACUAUUGCUUAAUGAAUACUACUUGAACACCUUUAUCCAAAACUAUUACUUCAUUGGACCCUUCAUGGACUUUCACUUCUGGGACAACUGAAUUAAGGACCCAUCAGAUCUUUACUAACGUGGUUAACUACAUCAAACAGCCUGGUCUUAUGGAAUAUCAGAAUAACAUGACCACAAACAUAGCAUGGUGUGUGUGUUUUUCAGCAUUCUCUUGAGUGCUUUUGAACUCCAUUUCCAGAGAAAAUUCAACAUCAAAUUUUGUAAAAUUGUAUAUCUGCAAGAAGAAUGAACAAGAUGAUUUAGCAUGUGCUUCAUUUUCAUGUGCUCCCUUUUCCCUUUUUUACCUUCUAAGAUUGAUAUCUUGAUAUUUGUAAUUUUCUCCUCAAAAUCACAGUGAGCAAAGGAAGUACUGCAUCCUGUGUUCAUUCAGGGGUCAAUGCUGCGUUGUAAAAUAAUGUUUGUCAAGUGGAUGAGUAUUUCGUUUACUUCUUCAACCUUUAUAGAUCACAAUAUUACAUAUGCAGGAGGUACUAUGAUGUUUUCGUAAAUAAAGCCAUCAUUCAUACAUAUCUGUUUUACAACUUCCCAUCAUCUCACCAAGAUGGACCCAAUUAUAAACUUCAGAUGUAGGUAUUGUCACAAGGCCUGUAAAAGUAGCCUUCAACUGAAAAACCAUGAAAGAAUGCAUCAAACAGAAAAUGUUGUAACCAGCAGAUCUGGCGGUGAACAGUUCGAAAGCAAGGAGCUCCUUGAUGGACACUCUUGUGCAGGAUCUGACUCUGGCAGUAAGCUGAGCUGUAACCUAUGUGGCAAGGUGUAUGCUUCAGGUGCAGGGCUUUUGAAGCAUGUGUCACAACACUUCAACAGUGGGGAGAAGUUUCCUUGCAAACCAUGCAGCAGCCAAUUUGAGAAUCUCCCUGAUCUUCAAAGACACCUUGAAGCGCACAGUCACACCAAUGAAUACAGGUAUUCAUGCAAGAUAUGCACCAAAGGGUUUGGAUCGAAGCUAUCUUUGGAAUGUCAUCUCCAGGAACAUGAGGAUGUAAAUUCAGGCUCGCAGCUCGUUGUGGGAGGGUUGUCAAAUGAUGUCAUCAUGACAGGUGCUACCAGAAGUGCCACAUCAUCAAGGUUAGAAACAUUCUUUUGUAAUAUUUGUGGAGAUCUCUUUAAUCAAGAGGGGCAGUUUCAGCAGCAUCUGGAUGAACAUUUCCAAAGUAAGUUGUAUGAGUGUGACAUCUGCGACAGCAGGUUUACUGGUCCAUUCUUUUUGAAACAUCACAUGGAGUUACACAAUGCAGUAAGGCCAUACAAAUGCUCCCAGUGUGGAACUGGUUUCAGAGAGAAAGAUUUGUUGAUGAGACACUUUAAAAUUCAUGGUGUACUGAAGGUGGUCAAGCUCAAAGAAGAAAACAAAAAUCAAGCAAAGCAGGCCGACAUGUCUGCAAACGAUAACAAUGAAGGCAAUGAAAGUAUAUUAUUAAUACCCCAACAAGGCAGAGAUGGUCCCAAAUCGAAUCCUCUGAAUGUGGGAAUGAUGCCCUGGACACCCAUAGCAAAUGGACAGCUUCAUUCCAAGCAACAUGGGCCAAAUUCUAUGCCCAGGUUUGGUAAGAGCAGAGACAAAAGCAAAAGAAGCUUCUUUCCUUGUGAUAUAUGCAACAAAGUUUUCAGAUUGAAAGCACAUUGUUUACGACACAGGCGUAUACAUACUGGAGAGAUGCCCUUUGAAUGUAAGGAUUGUCGCAGGAGAUUUAGAUGGAAAAGCUCGCUGACAAUACAUAAAUGCCAAAAGCUUCAAGGAGAAAAUAAAGCAUUGAUCAGCAAUAGUCCUCUUGACCAUUCAGCGAUCUCUCAGAGCCAUCACCAUAAAGUACAUAGUGGAGAAAGUCUUCCUGAGGCUCAGGGAUAUAGUGAUAUGACCAGGAAUGCCAAUGUAAGAUUCAUCUGCAGUCGGUGUGGAGGGAAUUUCACCACAGAGAUUCUACUACAAACUCAUGUCUGCAUGAAUGAUCAGUGGCAGAAUGAUAGAGGUGAAUGUAUGCCAAGUAGUGAAGUGUCUAGCCCAAUGCCUUCAGAGAAUAGCCUGUCCCUGUCACAAGUAACCAAUGCAGGAACUGACCGAAUGACUCACCCUGUUGAUGAUUUAGUACAACCUAAACAGCUUCAGGGAUUCAGAAGAUGGGCAAUAUUCAAGAGGACCAGACCAAAGAGACCUUCUGCUCCACGCACCAAUAAAACCUUGUAUCCAAGUAAAAUAAAUGCAAGCAGCAAGCUCUUUGUAUGUGAGUUUUGUAGCAAAGUGUUUCGUGAUAAAGCGCAUCAUCUACGGCACAUGCGUCUCCAUACAGGAGAAAAACCUUUUGAAUGUGAUAAGUGUCAUAGGAGAUUCAUGUGGAGAAGCUCGCUAGAUUCACAUAAAAAGUCACAUGAGAAACAGCAUGCAUAUGCAAUAUUAAAAAACAAAAGUUCAAAUGACGGAGAUAGUGCCAUUGCUGAAAACAAUGUUGUUUUUUCUGCAAGUGAAUUUGAGCAGUCCCUUGAGGAAAAUCUACAAGACUCAGCUUGGGUUCCAGAAGUUACAGAGGAUGGAAGUCCAGACAAGGGAUUGAACUGCCUGCAGGAUGGGAAAAGCUUCACCUCUGAGUCUGAAUUGAAAUGUCAUUUUUCCGAACAUGAAGCCACAGUGACAAAAGGCAAGCCAUACUUCACACGCUCAACUGAUUCAAGUAUAACCUAUUCGUCUCACAGAGCCAAAGACACUAGCCAACAGGGAAGUGUUCAACCAAAGCAGCAGUUGAAGUGCCCCACCAGGGAGUCCAAAGACACUACUCUAGAAAUGGCAGCACUAUCUAAAAAAGAGAACACAAAGAAAAUUGUUUGCACACAUUGCAACAAGGUGUUUCGUCAUCAAAGCAAAUUCCUGCGACACUUGCCUUUGCAUACGGGUGAGCUGAAGUAUAGUUGCAAUCGAUGUGACAGGAGAUUUAAGUGGAGAAGCUCGCUUGCUUCACACGCCAGGAGAUGUGGCCAAAAGAAAGAAAGUGGUUCCUUCCCAUUUAUUAAUUCUGGGCAAUCCCUCGAACUCUUCCAAGCAGAUGGGCUCCUAGACGGAGGUGAGACAACUGUCAGAGAUGAGAUAUUCAUGUGCAUUCUUUGUGGAAUGGCUUUUGCCUCAGAAACGCAACUUGAAAUGCAUGUGUCUGUCCAUGAAGAUACAAAGUGCUUUCCAGUAUCUGUGCCUACGGAUGAUACUGAUGUGGAGGAACCUUCUGGUGGAGUUCGAGAAACGAAAGAGAAAACUUCUGAAAUGUCAAAGGUGAAAGAGGAGCCUAAUGUGGAAAGGACUGAUAACACCAUGAAAUCAAAUGAGAAAAACUUUGUUUGUGAAGUCUGUAGCAAAGCGUUUGGUUCAAAGUGUCGAUAUCUUCGGCAUAAGCUUGUGCAUACAGGAGAAACCCCAUUUCAGUGUGACCUAUGCGGAAAGGCAUUUAAGUGGAGAAGCUCAUUGGCUGUGCAUAAGAAAUCUCAUAAUAGAAAGAAAAUCCCAUCUUCCAGCUCUGAUUAUGUGUCUCUCAUCGCAAAUGAGCUGACCCAAGAGCCUUUGGAAACAACUCUUGGACUUGAUCAGGAUGAGAGGUCCACAAGCACUGCCCUGAAGCAAUACGUUUGUCCUCAGUGUGGAAUGGAUUACGACUCUGACCUACAGCUGCAGAUACACAUGUACGUACAUGGAGAUGAAGCUCCUCUUCAGAGACAUACAGAAUCUUAUACCGGUGGGACUGACUUCAAGGAAAUGACCCAACAUUCUGCAGCGAAUGAUCCUUCCCAGACGCAGGAGUUGGAGAGCAGAGGUGGCCCAUCAAACGAAAGCUGUACUGCAUCUGGAAGUAAUCCAAAACGCAAGCAGAGGACGGUGAAACAGGUUUGUGAUAUUUGCAACAAGGAAUUUAGCAAUAUGAACCACUAUCUGCGACACAUGAGAAUUCACACUGGUGAGAUGCCAUUCGAAUGCAAGAGGUGCAACAAGAAAUUCAAGUGGAGAAGUUCUCUCGACUCGCAUAAGAAAUCACAUGACAGAAAGGACGCUCUUGCCAGUGUUGAUUUCAAGAAGCUUUUGAACCUUAUACACCCAGGGGACAGUGUAUGAAACCUCUUUAAUCACACUUCCUCUGGCAUGGUCCGUCCAUUUCCUCCAAAACAUUGGUACAGUCAAUCCCAUCUAUUAAGGCCACAAAAGGGAAACAGAAAAAGUAGCGCCUGGAGCCAAUGGCUUUUGAAGACAGGUUAUAUAACGCAAAUUCCCAAUAGGAGACAAUUUUGGUGGCCACUAAGGACAGGUUUUCACCAUAGAUAGAUGGCCGCUAAAACAGGUUUGACUGUAUUUGGUAUUAUCGUUGAGUUUCCAUGAGGCGACCUUUAUGAAUCAAAGUAUAAAGUCAAAGCAUUCUUCCAGACCCAGGGCUCCUGUGACACAAAGCAUACAGCUUGAUCAUAGGGAUUAUAUACUUUUCGUUUGACUGCAUUGAUUAUUAUCUGCAAUCCAGCAUACACAUUAGCUGUAUGAUCAAUUUAUAAGCCUUGUGUUACGGACAGAGAUUAUGCAAAACAUGUUGCCUCUUCUAAGUCAAAUUUUACUAACCGGAAAGUCCAACAGAUUUCUGUGGUCUGAAGAGAUUCAACUAUUCAAGAUAGAUUCAGUUGAAGUUUCUUGUAAAAGGAAUUAUCAAGUGAAGAAUAAUUGUAUAACCCACCAGUGCAAGUUUUAACAAAAUUGAACUGCCUGUUCAAGAGAGAAGAUUUUUUUUUUCAUGCUUUUGAUUAAAUUAUCAUGCUGCUUUCAGUAGUUGUCUAUUUUUGUCAACAGUAUGAUGUCAUGGAUUUCAUACUCUCUAUUAAAUAAUAUCAGGAAACUCCAUAAAAAUGGUCAACUCCUCAUAAAUUAUAAAAUUUGCUCGUCAUGUAAUUAUAAUACUGGUUUACAUGUUUCUUAUAUAAAUUUGGAUAGACUGAACGCAUUCUAGAAGAAUAAGGACAGUUUGAAUCCAUGACAUUACACAGUUGACAGGUCAUGGUGGGCCUAUUUUUCAUUUUAUCUUUGUUUAUGAGGAGUUUUGCCUUUUAACAAAAGUGUAAUAUUACCUUUAAAUAAUAUUCAUAUUCAAUCAAAUGAAACAAUUGAUAAUUGUUGGGUGAUAAAGACAGAUAAUAAGAUAUUCAUUAUGGCCCGUAUUCUGAAGUCGGGUUUAACUUAAACUCAGGUUUAAAGUUGUGGUUUAAGUAUGGAGAGCCAAUUGUUACAUAAAUCACUAACAGUAGAGAUAUCAUAUUUCAGCUCAUUUGGCUCUCAAAUCAUUCAUAAUUGUCUAGGGAGUAUAAAUAGAUGAUUGUCUUUACCAUCGAUGAAUCAGGAAAGAGCACAGUAAACAUUAUAAACAUACGACUUAAUAAAAAUUUUGACACUUUUGGCUUCCCAUAAUUUUAACACAGAGUUAGACUGUGGUCUAAGUUAAACCUGACUUCAGAAUACGGGCCUUUGUCUCCAACGAUCUCACCAAGGGUAACACACGCUACUGCUGUGUGAAGUAGAGCUCGGCUGCUGUGAGAAAAAAAUCACAGGCAGGCCGGGUGGGAUUCGAACCCAUGACCUCUGGAUUACUAGAGCAUUGUCAUAACCACUAGACCACCGGAGUGCCCUUAGUGAUCUGGGUUCAAACAGCAGCCAAGCUCUACUUCACACAGCAGUAGCUAGCAUGUGUACCCUUUGUGGAAUCGUUGGACUUGGAGACAAAAUGAAUAUCUAAAAUGUUCAUAUUGUCAAAUAUUUGUUGCUGAAUUAAGCCCAAGGAUUUUGAUUUUCUUUUGUUGUGAUCUGUAUGUUGCAUAUUUCGAAAGAACAAUGUACCCUAUCAACAUUUGUUGCUGAGGAAAUGUAAUACCCUCUAAAGUUGGCAAUGCAGUGAAAAUAUGCAAUCAGUGAAUUACAUGUACAUUCAGUUUUUGUAGUCUAUCUUGCAAUUAUUGAUAUCCAUUUUGACUGCUAUGAAUUUUUUUCCCAGAGAUCAAUGGUGCUAUACAAAUGCUGUUCAUCACCAUCAUCAUAAUCAUCACCAUCAUCAUCACCACCAUCAUCAUCAUCGUAUCCAUAUUUAAUUUUAAAACGAUCAAGAAAUCGAGAAAGACUAAAAAUCACCCACUAGAACACAUUUAUCAAAUGAGCUUUGACUUCCUUAAGAAGGGUUUGUAUGUUAAUGUCAAAUCAAUGAAUGCGUCAUUUAUGAAUAAAAAUUGUUAGGGUGUAUACAUUUCAUGCUGCAUGCUAUGUUUUUUAUACCUCAUGGUAAAACAAAUUAAGGUUUUUUAUGGGAGGAGCAGUUGGAAUUGGUAAAUACUAUUACAUUUCUUACAAUCAUGUCCCUGAUUUGAAUUUGUAUGAUUUCUAUAAUAAUAUGAAGAAUAUGCUGUGUUUAUCAGUGGGUUUAAUUCUGGCACCUAAGCAGUUGUGAGAAAGUUUAUCUCAGCAUAAAUCUAUGGAGCAAAGAGAAACUAAAGUUUAUUGAACUAUUUUAGGAAAAUUUCAAUGUAAGAAUUGUGUGAGUUUGUGAUCAUUUUGUUCUAUCAAGCAGAUUUAUGACAGAAAAUUACAUGCACAUGUAUUAAAAGAGUUUGGACCGGCUGAACCAGAAGGCCAUUUCAUAAUGCUGUUUGUAAGUUGUGCAUUUUUCUCACGACAGGUGAUUCACCUUCUCAAGAUUAAAUACAUGUACUGUUUCAUCCAUAUUUUCAUCCAACAAGUUUUCAGAUCUGACAAUUUUCCCUGAAUUUGAUUGGCUGAGAACCUCUGUUACCAUGGUAACUGUCAGAUAAAAUAGGACUUGUCAGAUAAAACGUCCGACAAGUCCUUUCAUGAAACGCUUCCCUGAUCUUUGCUAUUUGCCUUCAUUACGAUGAUAAUUAGAAAUACAUGUAUGGUCAUAAUUUGUAAAAACAUCUGGAAAAAAAAAAGAAAUGGGCUUAUGCUUUGGCACAUCAUAUUCAGAUCAUUCAUAAAGAAAGUCAUGUAGUCAAUCAUAAAGUUACUCAUAAUUUUACACCCAGUUUCAUGAAGGAGUGAUAUUCUAAUAUUACUGCAGACAUUCUGAGUUCUAUUUCCAGAUCCAAUUAAAUAAACCAGUCAGUUAAAAUCUGAAGUCUGGAAAGAGUAUUUUACAGUAUGAUCAUUUCAAUUUAUUUUCUGAUUCAAGUAUUUUCAUUCAACUCCUAAUAAUUCAAUUCAAUUUCAGUCUCGCUUUAAUAUUCUAAUAUAAGUUUAGUAAAUUAUAAGGCAAUACGAUUUCAUGUUACAUUACUUUCGAAAAUUUGUGAUUAUUCUUCAAUGUACAUCAAGUGGUGUCAUUUGAUGAAGGUGUUAUAUUUUUUUCUUGCCUAUUCAUCAUCAUUAUUCACCAUUUGAUUUGUGCUCUUGUCAGUUCUUUGUUAUACCAGUCUUUUGAGUGCAUCGGAUGGUUGGGCGCCCUUUGGGCGGAGGAACCACCAUUUUUUACAGUGGUUAAGUUUUCUCUCCUUUUCCCUUGUCACCACCUCAUGCAUUAUUAGGUCAUAGAAAUUGCAUUUGUAUAAUAUCUGCCAUUUUUGUAUGCAAUUGAUUUAUCUGAAUAUGCUUGGAACUGCUGAAUAAAUAAACAAAUAACAAGUAAAUUUGUUUUUAAGAAGGAGAAUAGCUGAUUAAAAGUGGAAUAGAGAUUAUUCAAAACAUGAAGCUCUAGAUCUCAUUCAAUUUAUGAUCUAAAACAUAUUAGUCAUUGCAUGUGUAGGUUGGUAUUUUUAAACUCUAUACAUGUUUAAUAUGUAGAUACUGUACAUGUAGUUAAAGAUUUGAAAGGAAUGAAGUCUGAAAUAAAGUAUGAUAGCAUAUACAAUUUAUA